AUGGCCUCGGCUGAAUGGUCCUUCGGUACGAUCUGCCAGCGCUUCCUAUCCGUCUUGGGGGCAAGAAUGCAUUAUGGUCAUCCUGAUUUCUUGGAUGGCUUUUGGGCCUCCAAUCGCGGCUCCUUGUCAAAAGCAUCUCCGACAAUCAACCUUUCGGAGGAUAUUUUUGCUGGCUUCAAUGUGCGGAUGAGAGGUGAAGCCUCCAAGCACGUGGAUACACUGGCCUGGGAGAAGGGUCGAGAGUCCUCCUUCAACGCUGCAGCGCUUUUCUACACCAAGGUCAGCAAGGGCAAUGUUGGCGUUAUGCGGUCACGGGAUCUGAAGAUACUUACCCAGAACAUGAAUGUGGUUGACAACUUCUCUUUCUAUUUUGCAUCUGUUGGUUUCUAUUUCAACAAUUUGCUAAUUGACAUCUCUGCAACGGUCUACGUGUUCCUCUUCAUUCUCCUCGCUCUGUGCUCCAAGUCUUUAACAGAUGUGGCAUCACUCGAUUCCAUGCUGGCGACAGAAUGGACGCUCUCAAUGGGAACAAUCGCCAUGUUUCCGCGCUUCAUGGAGCUAACGCUGGAAUACGGGCCUCUAGAAGGUCUCUUGCGUUUUCUGCCAUCAAUCCCUGGAUGCAUGACGAUGUUCACCUUCAUCAAUAAGUCCAUUGCUUCGGGUUUGCAGGAGACGAUGGUUACUGGAGAGGCGUCCUACAUUGCCACUGGCCGGCCAAAUGCCAACACGCAUUACAGCUGGAAGGAAUGCUACUUCAUCCAUUGUGCAUCGCACUACUAUCCAGCCUUGAAGGUUUUCAUCAGCUACUAUGCUUAUGUUCUUGUGUCGCAGGCGAUGGGAUUUUCCACACUACCAAUGAUGGUCCUGCUGGCCACCUCAUCCAUGUGGCUGAUUGCACCAGUGCUGUUCUGCCCACAGCCAACUUUGAGUUCGCUUAGUGGCGACUUGAAUGAGUUCUGGCAAUUCGCCAUCGCAGUGCCAGUUUGGACGGAUCGCUUUACGGUCGGACUUGAGCAAAUGAAGUCCACAGAGGAGCUCCUAAGGACCGGUUUGCGGGAUCCGCGCUCAUCCCUUUAUGAGUUCUGGUUACUGCGAGCCUUGGACCACAAAAGGUUCUCUUGCUUUCAGCGAGCCUGCUUCCUUCUUUGCGAGACGUGCUGUCUCGUAUUUCUGCUUGCCGUUAUGUACAGCUCUUUGAUUGACAACUAUUUUCUUGUGGUCUUGCUCUACGGAAUUCACUUUGUGCUGAUGGAGGUAUGGCGGCUUCUGAAUCGCCCCACAGUCAUCACGUUGCUGACCACGCUAAUGUGGCUGAUUGUGCCUGUUCUGACAGAUGUGCCGAUGCUGGAUAUGCUGGUCUUGCUAACGAUCGCGAUCCUGGCUCUGCGGGUCUUCCGGAGCCUGGCCCUUCUGACAGCAUGGCUCCUGCUCCGUCCCAACCUGGACUGGAAGCAAAUGCCUGAGCGAUCGGAAACAGAGCGAUCGGCCAAACAGGCUGCUGCUCGAACAAUGCAUCGAUAUGACAUGGUGGUUGAAUACUUGUAUGUCAACAUGAUGGGCCAUCAGCUUCAUUUGUAUGCGGCAGUGGCGAUCCUUCUCAUUAACCUGGUGGUGCAAUCGAUCUUAGUACUCUUAGAUGCUUCUUAUGGUCUUCACUCCUGGGCGCUGCUGAACUCACGUCUCCGGAGUAGGACCUGCUGCCAGCGUCGGCGUGGCUUCGAGCCAUGA